ACGUCAUCGUGUUUUGGCCUCACGAACAGCUGCGUGUCAGAAUUAAUCUUUAUAAUGUGCUCUAAAAGCACAUAAACAUUGAAAUUUCAGCCAUGAUCGGCGUAAAGUCAGUAUAGUGGCGUGGUGUGCAUUGUAAAGAGCUUAAACCAAUAAGAAGCUCACACACACGUGCGAAAGUUAAAGACUUUUAAACCUUAAAUAAGCUCGAUUUCAGAUAUGGGACGUAAAAAACAGGGUAAAUGUGAGCGAUCUGUUCACAAGGGCAAAGACACUCGACACAGGAUGAAGGGGAAAUCGUUAGACACUUUCACAGAGGAGAUGCACGAGGCUCUUCAAGCCAGUGAGCAUGCGGAUUCAGAGGCAGCCGGAGGUGUGAAGUUGCCCUGUCCUCUAGCCAUGUGGGAUCUGGGUCACUGUGACCCUAAACGCUGUACAGGACGGAAGCUAGCAAGGAAAGGUUUAGUGCGCUGCCUACGACUCAACCAGCGCUUCAAUGGCCUGAUACUCAGCCCCAUGGGAACCAAAUACGUUACACCUGCCGACAGAGAGAUUGUGGCACAUGGUGGUCUGGCCGUGAUUGACUGUUCAUGGGCUCGUCUUGAAGACACACCUUUCAGCAAAAUGAUUGGCUCUCAUCCGAGGCUUUUGCCGUAUUUGGUCGCAGCAAAUCCUGUAAACUAUGGAAAGCCGUGCAAACUGUCAUGUGUUGAGGCGUAUGCCGCCACCUUCUGCAUUGUGGGAUUUCGUGACCUUGCUGUGCUCCUGUUGAGGAAGUUUAAGUGGGGUUUGGGAUUUUUGGAGCUGAACAAGACUCUUCUAGAGCGUUACGCUUCCAGCCAAUCAGAAGAGGAGCUGCUGGCUGUGGAGAAAGAGUUUCUGAGUGCCACACCUCAGGAAGAGGAGAUUGAUCCUUUUGACGUGGACUCAGGGAGAGAUUUUGUGAACCUUAACAGACCAGUCCAGGCUAAAUAUGAAGACAGUGACAAUACAUCAGAAGAAGAAGAUGAUGAUGAUGAUGAUGAUGAUGAAGAAGAAGAAGAUGAUGAGGAGGAGGAGGAGGAGAAAGAACAGAAAAGCGAGGAGCAAGAAAAUGAUCUGAAGUCUGCAGUUGUGUAAUUUUAAAAGGAAACAUUGAGGGGUGGUUUAGUAACACUGACCUUCACUUGACAUAAGCAAACUUCUGUUUUCUGAGUGUUUGCUAAUGUCGAGAUGUAACCGUGUCGGGAUUUGAGUCAGCAACUUCCCCAAAGACUUUUUAUCAUGUGUACAAUGUGCUUUUUUGCUCUCGAGAAGCAUCUUCUCACACUAUUAAUAUCGUAUCAUGCACAAAACAAAAUGUGUCGACUGUUAAGAAGUAGAAUAAAAUGUUUAAAUACAAUUUUA